CACCAGGCAUUGCGAUUGAUAGGUGACGUGAUGUACUUUAACAUCUUGGGAAAGUCUCUCGUCGUGCUUAGUAGUCAAGAAGCCGCCUCCGAUCUGCUAGAAAAGCGAAGUGCGAUUUAUAGCAGCCGUCCGCCCUCUACCAUCCACGAGAUGAUUGGGUGGGCAGACAUGCUCGGAUUUCUGUCAUAUGGAGAGCAGUUUCACCAGCAGCGCAAGUUCUUCCAACAAGGCUUCACAAGGCAAGGCUGCUUCGUGUUCCGCCCGAGCCAGCUCUCGCAAACUCAUGUGCUCCUGAAGAAGAUUCUGCAAGACCCAAAACAUUUCUAUGAUCACGUGCGGCAGUUCUCCGCUGCAGUUAUUAUGGAGAUAACAUACGGGCACAAGGUCACCUCAGAUGAUGAUCCUUACAUCAACAUAGCAGAAGGAAUGGCCAGGAUCCUCACGGAAGCAGGCCAUACCCUGUCUAUCAUUGAUUUCUUUCCUUGGCUAAGAUAUCUGCCGAGCUGGUUUCCAGGAAACUGGUUUGGUCCCCUCGCAGAAAAUGCGGCGCCGUUUAUUAAGCAUAUGCGUAACAUGCCUUUCGAGCAAGUGCGCCAACAGAUGGCUGCUGGCAAUGCUGCCCCAAGUUUUAUGUCGAUGCAGAUCGAGGAGCUGGAACAAAGUGGGGGAGCAAGCCUCGAAGACUUACACACCUUGAAAGUUGCCUCAUCGCAGAUGUAUGCUGCUGGUGCGGAUACAACAUGGUCCGCAAUUAUGAAUGCCAUUGCGGUGCUAUAUCUCUAUCCCAAGGCGCAGCGCAAAGCGCAGAACGAGCUGGACAAGGUUCUUGGUGGCAAGAGACUACCUGACUUUGAGGAUCGUGAAUCCCUUCCUGAACUCGAGGCGAUCCUUCAGGAAACAGCUAGGUGGCGCCCUACAACCGCAUUCGGUUUGCCGCAUAGCAGCAUCGCUGACGACGUCUAUCGCGGUAUGUUCAUACCCAAGGGCACUACUGUCCUCGCCAAUGGCACUGCGAUGUCCAUGGACGAUAAGGUGUACGACAACCCCGCCGAGUUCCGACCAGAACGCUUCCUCCCGCCCCAAUCUGAGCCGCUACCUGUGAAUAUUAGUUUCGGCUGGGGACGCAGAAUGUGCCCGGGACGACAUCUGGCCAAUGCGAGCGUUUGGAUAGUCAUUGCAUCGCUUCUUGCCGCCUUCGAAAUUGUGCCGGCAAAGGACGACAAAGGACAAGACGUCAUCCACGAGAUAAAGUGGCUUCCUGGUAUCACGAGCCAUCCAGCGCCAUUCCCAUGCAUGAUACGGCCGCGUUCAAGCAAUGCAGCGCAACUGAUCGCUCGGCUCUGAUCGUACGUCGGCGGCCGGAUGAGCACCUUGCCACGGUGCCAUUCAUUCGAGCCGUGGCCAUUAUUAGCUUAGCCUAAAUUAGGUCGACUACGCUCCAUGUGAGGUUCUAAGCACUUCUAAAAUUAUAAGAUACCGGCUUGUAUCUAUCCCAUACCGAUAUACUGCGAAACUAGCCCCCG